AGGCCGGGACUCUGCCCCGGGAGGAGCCGGCGCGGGCUCCGCUGCUACACAGGCUUCAUGACGCCCCCGGGGGCAGCGCGGGGGAACACGGACCCAGCCGCCCGGCCCCGACUGGACCUCCACUUUCUCCGACGCUUCCUAAAGAUACAGUCCAUCUUGUUUCCACAUUUUUCAUCACAGAAUGUCUUGAUGUUCCUGACCCUCCUCUGUGUCACCCUGCUGGAACAGCUGGUCAUCUACCAGGUGGGGCUAAUACCCAGUCAGUACUAUGGUGUCCUAGGAAAUAAGGAUCUGGAUGGAUUCAAGACCCUGACAUGUCUAGCCCUUGUUCUCAUCGUGGUCAACUCCACACUGAAGAGCUUUGACCAGUUUAUCUGUAACCUGUUGUAUGUGAGCUGGAGGAAGGACCUUACUGAGCACCUUCAUUGCCUUUACUUCCGUGGCCGAAUCUACUACACCCUCAAUGUGAUUCGUGAUGACAUCGAUAAUCCGGACCAGCGCAUUAGUCAAGACGUAGAGAGGUUUUGUCGGCAGCUCAGCACCAUGGCCAGCAAGCUGAUCAUCUCCCCUUUCACCAUUACCUACUACACGUAUCAGUGCUUUCAAAGCACGAGCUGGCUUGGGCCAGUGAGUAUCUUUGGUUACUUUGUCCUGGGGACCAUAGUGAACAAAGUCCUGAUGGGCCCUAUUGUUUCAAAACUGGUGCAGCAGGAGAAGCUGGAAGGAGAUUUCAGGUUUAAGCACGUGCAGCUUCGGGUGAAUGCUGAGCCAGCAGCUUUCUAUAGAGCUGGGCAUGUGGAACACGUGAGGACAAAUUAUAGGCUGCAGAAACUCCUGAAGACUCAGAAGGAGCUCAUGUCCAAGGAACUUUGGCUCUAUAUUGGCAUCAACACCUUCGACUACCUGGGCAGCAUCCUGAGUUAUGUGAUUAUCGCGAUCCCCAUCUUCAGCGGUGUCUAUGGAGACUUGACCCCGGCAGAGCUAAGUGCUCUGGUUAGCAAGAAUGCCUUUGUGUCCAUUUAUCUCAUCAGUUGCUUCAGUCAACUCAUCGACCUCUCAACAACCCUCUCUGACGUGGCUGGCUAUACACACAGAAUUGGGGAAUUGCAAGAGACCCUGGUGGACAUGUCUUUAAGGCCUCGAGACUGUGAUUCAGAAGACCCGGAUGAAUGGGAUUUUAAUGAGGCCUCAGGAUCAAAGGCAACAGACACAGCCUUUCUUCUGGACCGGGUCUCCAUUUCGGUCCCCUACUCUGACAAGCCUCUGAUCAAGGAUCUGAGCCUGAGAGUUUCCGAGGGGCAGAGCCUGCUGAUCACAGGGAACACAGGCACCGGCAAGACUUCUCUGCUCAGGGUCCUGGCCGGCUUGUGGGAGAGCAUGCGUGGUACUGUACAGAUGCUGACAUACUUUGGUCCUCACGGAGUGCUGUUUCUGCCACAGAGACCUUUCUUCACAGAUGGGACCUUGCGUGAGCAGGUGAUUUAUCCUUUGAAAGAAGUCUACCCCGUGUCAGGUUCUGCCGAUGAUGAGAGAAUCAUGAGAUUCUUGGAAUUAGCUGGCCUGUCGAGUCUGGUGGCAAGGACAGGGGGACUGGACCAACAGGUAGACUGGAACUGGUAUGAUGUUUUGUCCCCUGGAGAGAUGCAAAGACUGUCUUUUGCCCGGCUCUUCUAUCUGCAACCUAAAUAUGCAGUGUUGGAUGAAGCCACAAGUGCCCUGACCGAAGAGGUAGAGAGUGAGCUGUACCGAAUCUGCCAGCAACUGGGCAUGACGCUCAUCAGCGUGGGCCAUCGACAGAGUCUAGAAAAGUUCCAUUCUUCGGUUUUGAAACUUUGUGGAGGAGGAAAAUGGGAAUUGACCCUCACCAAAGAAGAAUGAAGCAGCCGAGGAGUCGGGCAACUUCAGGAAGGAGCCAAGCCCCAGACAGCUCGUUUAUGAAAACGGAUUGAGUAAGAUAGGACUAAGCCCCCGAGUAGGCUUCCUGCCGCUGCUGUUGCUGCCUUAACCUUGGCAGAAUCUACUUGGUGCUCAGUGCCUUUGGGGGGAAAUCCCCCAGCCUCAGCCCAGACCCUGCACCCUUGAAAUGCGUAGCUGUGCAAGUCCCUGAGAUCAUGUUUGCUGGAGACACCACUUUCCAAUUCUCAGAUAAGGUUCUCAAAGAGCACUGAAUCGGGCCUUGUCUGGUCCUGGCUCUGCUGCCGACUGAGCCUCAGAUUUCUCAUGUGUAAAAUGAAAGGGCUGGAUUAGAUGGGGGGAGGGAAAGAGAGGGAGGGGGCUAACAUUUUUAUAUAGCACCUGCUGUGUGCCAGGCCCUGUGCUAGGUGGUUUUUACAAACAUCUUCCCAUUUGAUGCUCCCAACAACCCUCAUUUUACAGUCGAGGAGACUGUGGACAAUGGAGGUUUAAGGGACUUGUCCAGGGUCACAUAGCUAGUAAAAGUCUGAGGCUGGAUUUGAACUCAGGUCUUCCUGAUUCCGGGCCUGGAUUCCAAGCACUGCAACACUGUUUGAACUUCCCAGAUUACUAGAGUCCAGAAAUGGGAACUAACAAGGUGGUGAUUUAAUAAAAGGUUUUAAAUGUUAAAUUUUUAACACUUCACUUUACUCUUAUAACCACUUAAAAUUUCAACUAGUCUUUUUUUAAGUUACUCAUUUAAUGGUUUUAAAGUGUGAAAUUCAAAGCCUAAGAACUUUCUUAGCUGGUUCUCUGCAGAUUUUUAAUAGUCAGCCUUUAAUGAACAAUAACAGCAGGACUUUUUGUGCCCUUUUAUUUCUUGGGAACUACAGUCCUAAAGUCCCUUAGGCCCUGUGUUAGAAAUCACUCUCAUUUUGUUGGGGGUUAUGAGUGGCAGUGGUCCGGGGAAGACUUCUGCCUUCUAAGCAUCCAUUUUCUCUGGUGGUCAGCUGAGACCAAAAGAAAGAAACGAGCAAUGCCGCAUUAUUUGGUCACAAGUCAGGUAAUUUCCCAUUUUAACUUAGACAGUAUGUUUUGUAUUUGUAUUUGCAUAAUCCUUAAAGGAUUAGAAAUUUCUCUUCUCUCUUUGCUCACCUAGACUCUUAACUCCAUUCAGAUUUUAAUCAUCUUUUUGCUGGGACAAUUUUUUUAUUAAGGACCUGAAAAAUGUCAACAAAUAAGACAAAGAGGUUGUAUGUGUGAAACUGUGAAUUGCUAUUACAUAUAUGUGACUAUUUCUUUUGACUAAUAAUAUAUUAAAUAUAUAUUAAAUUUUA